AUGCGGGUCGCGGAACGACCCAGCGGCCUCGUGACGGGUUUUAAGUAUCACACGAACCUGCGAGCGCCUCUCAACACAAAGGUGGGACCGGAGCCACAUGCUAGGGUGCACCGCUCCGAGAUCGUCAAGGUGCGCCAGGGCCUCCCCGUGGAGAUCAACCCCUCUGUAGGGUCCGGCUACAAAGUCAUGGACUGGACCGAGUACUUUGGGCGCUUCAAGACGAGCGGCGAGUUCCCGGACUGCCUGGCCUGCGGGGGCAAGAACACCAAGGAGCACUACUUCACGCAGACCUGGUGCCGCAGCAAGCGUGUCUGGGAGUGUGAGAGCGUCUGCCUGGACUGCCUGCAGUACAGCUUCAGGGCGUACCGCGACCCUGACUUCAAGACACCCGAGGAGUUCGAGAAGGAGAGAUGGACCACGCUGGUCGCGGAGCAGGCGCAGGGGGCUUGA